AUGACUUAUUACGUUGAUGAGUAUGUUGGCCCUGACGAAUUUGUAACAGGAAAAACUCUCCAACUUAUACUUGGAGAAUUUAAGAACCAUAUUUCAAACAACGUGAAAGACAUCGAACCACCAAAAACACAACUCAUACCGCCACAAAAAUCCGACAAAAAGAACUUUUUGCGAACAACACUCCACCCAAUGAAAACGUCAUUUAACUCCAUUUUUAAGACGUUUUCACAAGACGAAGACGAUAUGCCUGUAAUUUCAAAAUCCGAAGAAGCUGUUUCAACGCCAAUUACUUUGCAUGUGAUUGACGAACAACUCGAUUUUAUUUCCAAGAACAUUAACUACAUAGAGAAAUGGGUCGAACUCAGAAAGUACUCAAUAGUGUAUGAUUCGUCAAAAUUGAAUGAAACGAUAUGUCCGUCACAAGCCUUUUAUGAUAGUAUCAAUAAGAAAUCCCACCUUUUGUAUUUCAUUUUUUCACGUGACACUAUCUUUGGGAUGUGGAUGGGAUUUCCUGUGGUACACGGGAAGUCUUGUUUGGGGCCUUCAGACUUUAUGGUUGGUUUUAAGUCGAAUACAAUUACAUCACCAAAGCGAUUUGUCCCAAAGAAGUAUUCACUCACUGCUAAGUUCAGUGUAUUUAAUCGAGAAAGUAGCGAAAGUGGCAACGAGUACUUUAGGUUCUCUCAUGACAAGUCAACUUUGUGUUUGAACGAUCCUCAAACAAUGAGUUUCCAUUACAUGUGGAACUCUUUCUUUGUCGACGAAACAAAGAAAGGCACCGUCGACGAUGCACUUCCAAAGUCAAACACAUUUAUAACGGAACGAGUGGUUGUGUUGUAUUUUCAGUGA